AUGGCCUCCAUGGGGCUGCAGGUGUUGGGCAUUGCCCUCUCCGUCAUCGGCUGGUUGGCCUCCAUCCUCUGCUGCGCCUUGCCCAUGUGGCGGGAGACGGCCUUCGUGGGCAACAACAUCGUGGUGGCCCAGAUCAUCUGGGAAGGGCUGUGGAUGAACUGCGUGGUGCAGAGCACGGGGCAGAUGCAAUGCAAGGUCUACGACUCCAUGCUGGCCCUGCCGCAGGACCUGCAAGCC